GCGGCGAGACACCGCUUCCAGCAAGGAAACCCUAAACCGAAAGUAGUGAAGCUGUGAGCUAAAGAGCUCAAACUCCGAAUCUUCCUACUAAGGAUACUCUCCUUGACAUCAUGUCUCGAAGAUAUGACUCCAGAACAACCAUAUUUUCGCCGGAAGGCCGCCUCUAUCAGGUGGAAUACGCCAUGGAGGCCAUCGGUCACGCUGGAACCUGCCUGGGGAUUCUAGCCAACGAUGGAGUGCUGUUAGCAGCAGAGAGACGCAACAUCCACAAACUGCUGGACGAGGUUUUCUUCUCUGAGAAGAUCUACAAACUCAAUGAAGACAUGGCCUGCAGUGUUGCUGGGAUCACAUCCGAUGCUAACGUACUGACGAAUGAGCUGCGGCUAAUUGCACAGAGGUAUUUAUUGCAGUACCAGGAGCCGAUCCCCUGCGAGCAGCUGGUCACGGCUCUGUGUGACAUCAAGCAGGCCUACACACAGUUUGGAGGGAAGCGGCCGUUCGGUGUGUCUCUGCUCUACAUGGGCUGGGACAAACACUACGGCUUCCAGCUGUACCAGAGCGACCCCAGCGGCAACUACGGGGGCUGGAAGGCAACCUGCAUCGGGAACAACAGCGCUGCUGCAGUUUCCAUGCUGAAGCAGGACUACAAGGAGGGCGAGAUGAGUCUGUCCUCCGCUCUGGCUCUGGCCGUCAAAGUCCUCAACAAGACGAUGGACGUCAGCAAGCUGUCGGCAGAGAAAGUGGAAAUCGCCACCCUGACGCGAGAAGAUGGCAAAACCAGAAUCAAAGUGCUGAAACAGAAGGAAGUGGAGGAGCUCAUCAAGCGACACGAGGCCGAAGAGGCCAAGGCCGAGAAGGACAAGAAGGAGAAAGAGCAGAAAGAGAAAGACAAAUAAACACAGUCAAUGUCUUGGUUUCUCUUCUCUCCUCCAUCGUCACCAAAUCCUGUAUCGUUUUGUUCUUUUACAUUAAAACAUUCAGAAACUGA